UCUCUCUCUCUCUCACUUUUCCCUCAGCUACCCAAGAUGGCGGCAGCCUCAUCCAUCCAGCCGCCGAGCGUUCACUCUUCUCUAGCCCGGGAGAGCGCACUUUCCCCGGAGAUGGACAGCCCCGAGAACCGUCAGCCGGAGGAUGAGGAGGCGUCGGCAGCGCAGUCCUCCGAGCCGGGGAUUAGCCUCCGCGACCUGCCGGACCUGGAGCCGGAGGAGAUCGAGAAGAGGCUGGCCAAAACUCGCCAGGAGCUGAGCAACAGGAGGAAAAUCCUCAUUAAGAACCUGCCGCCUGACACCACUAAUCAGGAAGUCCAUGAAAUUCUGAAAGAAUAUGAACUGAAGUACUGCUUUGUGGACCGCAACAAAGGCACAGCCUUUGUGACUUUGCUGAACGGGGACCAGGCUCAGGAUGCCAUCCGCUCCCUCCAUCACAGCACUGUCCGGGGACGCUUGAUCAACGUCACGCUGCAGCCCACCGACUCCCUGCUCUGCCUCACCAACCUGCCGCACACCUUCACCGCCCAGCAGUUCGAGGAGCUGGUGCGCUCCUACGGAAACAUCGAGCGCUCCUUCCUGGUGUACAGUGAGCUGACUGGCCACUCCAAAGGAUAUGGGUUUGUUGAAUACAUGAAGAAGGACUCUGCUUCAAGGGCCCGCUCUGAGCUGCUGGGCCGACCACUGGGGGAUCGCUCACUGAUGGUGCAGUGGAUGGAUGUAAACCAACUGAGCCAGGAGGAGAACCUGCACUCUAAGUGUCUGUGUGUUGACCGACUGCCGCUCGACCUCUGUGACUCUGAAGAACUGACACAGCUCUUCUCUGAAACCUACAAACCUGUUUUCUGCCAGCUUGCUCAGGAUGAGGGCAGCCCAGUCCGGGGCUUCGGUGUGGUGGAGUAUGAGAGUGCAGAGCAGGCAGAGGCUGUGCUGAUAGAGAUGGACCGAACACUGGUGGGAGGACAGGAGGUCCGUCUGUCACUCUGUACCCCUGGCACUUCAGGGCGAAGUACCCUGGCUGCACUCAUCGCCGCCCAGGGUAUGAUUCUGAGUAAUAGGAAAGGUCUGCUACCAGAACCAAACCUGGCCCAGUUGUUGACCAGCAUGACCAACCCUGCUGCCCUGCAGAUCCUCAUGAGACCGUACCACACUGGGAAAAGAGGAGGGAAGUACGGGCGUCACACCAGCCUGCCGUUCCUCAGACCUCCUCUCACCACAGCUCUGCUAACACUGGGAAAAGCACACCAGAGUGCUAUGCUUGGUAAUGGACUCGUCCUCCAGAACCUCUUGCAUAUGCAGCUCGCACAACAACAGCUUCUUCACAUCAAAGACAAACGCAUCAGUAGCGUCUCUAGUCUGCUCGGGGACCCGUCCAGGCUGCUGAUGCAGAAAGCUUUGUCUCUGCGACCUCCAGGCCUGGUGCCACUGGGGAAAGGCCUCCUGGGCGACUCCCCUACAGAGUUGGGCCAGGAGUCAGUGCCAGCAUCUACCCACAAUGCCACAGUGGUGGUAUCAGCAGCAGGUGUGAUGCCAUACCUUCAGGGUCGAGCAGGAGAACAAAACAGCACACAUUCUAUCUCCACAACCCCUUCUGCUUCCUCGUCCUCUUCCUCUUCUUCUUCCUCCUCCACCUCCUGUGACAGACAGCCUGCACCUCCUGGGACGAUGGUGAGCUCCCAUCUGCAGGGACAGAGCUAUUCCUUGGGUAUAAGUAACUCAGGCCUUGGCCCGCCUCCACCUAAACACCCUGGAGGAGUUUAUACAUCAACAGGCCAGCACAACAGCGCAGAUGGCUGCCCCCUGGCUAGCAUGGUCAGCAGUGGUCAGAGUUCUCUGUUGGGCGAUCCUCCGAAAGAGGUCAGACUGCCUUCUAAUCCCUACCUGAACUUGGCCAGUGUAAUGCCAGGGGUGGUGCUGCAAGGGUCAGUGGGGAGUAAAGCCCAGGGAGGACAGCCUGGCUCUGGGGUGUACAGCAGCUCUGUUGCUCCUGUGGUGUCCCAGGGCUCCAGCUCCUUCUCCCACAGCGCUGCAGCUACAACAACUGCUCCAUACAGUACUGAUGCCUCCACUGACUACAGCCAGUACAACCAGGCCUACACACAGGAAGCCAUGCAGCAGUGGUACCAGCACUACCAAGCAGCACAAGCUCAUACCUACAAUGCUGCUGCUCCACAGGACAACACAGCCACAGACUACAGCAAGGAGCACACACAGGCUCCACCAGUGUCAACCUACGGGGAUUACAGUUCCUACAUGCAGGCGGUCACUCAGUACUACUCCCAACCUGCAACAGCCAACCAGGCCUACGCCAGCAAGGACGUCGAUGUGUGUAAGCCUCUAGGAGUCUCUCUGCAUGCAGUCAGUAACGGUGCGGCUCCUCCGCCAGCCGUCCUACCAGCCGCUGCUGUGCUCCCAGCCUACAGCACCCUGCCAUUAAUGCCUGGCUUCCUCGGGGCGCCGCACCCGGCGGCAGCCACUCCAAACCCUGUCACACACACACACACUGCUGCCACAGACUGGAACACCUACUACUAUAACCAGACAAGGGGCCAUAAGAGAGAGUAUCCUCAGUUGGCGGUUCAGGAAGUGACAUCAUCAGAUGGUGCCUACAUCGGGCAGCACUCCCAGGGCCUGGGGGGGCAGUACGCCGACUACUUUAAGAGGAAGAGGCUCUAGUAUGAACCAAACCACCUUAAAGCCUAAAGCUUAUGGAGGAAGGCACAAACAGCGUCUGCUGGAUGUCACAGCUCCCUCUUGUGGCCUUUCUCUGGCUGCCAUUUUGCAUCCCUACAGUAGGUAUCGAGUUGAAUAGAGUUAGGGUUGCAAAUGGCUCAAAUUAAAGCAAGCCAUAGUGCUCUUUGAUCCUGGCACUUAUGAACACAAACGAACACACACGCACUCACACACACACACACACACACACACACUCACACACUCACACACUCACACACUCACACCAAAAUGGUGUUGCUUUUGUCCUGUUCAAGCCUUAACUCUUAAGAUA